CUCCUGGCCCCGCCCCCCCGCGAAAGCCCUAUAAAAACCCCGGCCCCUCCAGCCAGCCGCAGCCUGGCUCCAGCGCUCCCACAUUUGGAGGACACCCUCAGUCGAUCGGCCGUUCGCGCCGCCAUGGAUCUCACCGCCAUCUACGAGAGUCUCCUGUCGCUGAGCCCUGACCUGCCAUCCGACCACGGAGACACCGAGUCCAGCCCGGGAUGGGGCUCCUCGGGGCUGUGGAGUCUCAGCUCAUCCGACUCCAGCCCUGUUGGGGUGGCGGCCCGCCUGCCUGGCCGCUCCACCAGCCUGGUGGAGGGUCGCAGCUGUGGUUGGGUACCCCCACCCCCAGGCUUCGCACCCCUGCCUCCCCGGCCGAGCCCUGAGCUGUCGCCCUCACCCACCUCGCCUACGGCGACCCCCACCACCUCCUCCCGCUACAAGACUGAGCUGUGUCGGACCUUCUCAGAGAGCGGGCGCUGCCGCUAUGGGGCCAAGUGCCAGUUUGCCCAUGGCCUGGGCGAGCUGCGCCAGGCCAGUCGCCACCCCAAGUACAAGACAGAACUCUGCCACAAGUUCUACCUCCAGGGCCGCUGCCCCUACGGCUCGCGCUGCCACUUCAUCCACAACCCCAGCGAGGACCUGGCUGCCCCGGGCCAACCCCAUGUGCUGCGUCAGAGCAUCAGCUUUUCAGGCCUGCCCUCGGGCCGCCGAACCUCGCCACCACCAGCAGGCCUGGCGGGCCCUUCCCUGUCCUCCUGCUCCUUCUCGCCUUCCAGCUCCCCGCCACCACCACCUGGGGACCUUCCACUGUCCCCCUCUGCCUUCUCCGCUGCCCCUGGGGCCCCAGUGGCCCGGAGGGACCCCACCCAAGCCUGUUGCCCCUCCUGCCGAAGGGCCACUCCCAGCAGCGUCUGGGGCCCCUUGGGUGGCCUGGCUCGGAGCCCCUCUGCACACUCCCUGGGAUCUGAUCCCGAUGAAUAUGCCAGCAGCGGCAGCAGCCUGGGGGGAUCCGACUCACCGGUCUUCGAGGCCGGGGUGUUUGGGCCACCCCAGCCACCUGCAGCUCCCCGGCGACUCCCCAUCUUCAAUCGCAUCUCCGUUUCUGAGUGACAAGUGCCUGCCCAGCACAGAUCAGCUGGAUCUCAAGGGGGGCCAUUUCUCUUGUGCUGUGGGCUCCGCAGGGGCCCCCGGGGCUGUGGGGAACUGGGGACUCAGUCAAGUAGCCCCUUGCAAAGUGCAUUAACCCACUCCCCUGACGCCACGCUGGGGCCGGCCCCCAGUGUGCAAGCUCACUGCUCACGGUGUUGGGGGAAGGCGUGUUUCCUCGGGUCCUUUAAAGAAAGAAAAAGAUGUAGCAAAUUUGAGGGAGGCAGCGAGCCCCCCCACCUCUCCCCUGCCCAAUGCUGUGAAUAAUAGGCCCCGCCCCCCCCCAAGUUU